CGGGCCGGAACGGCGGCGCCGCCACAUCCGGGGGCGGAGCGGGGGAAGGCGGGAAGGCGGCGGGGCCGGCACGGAACGGAACGGGACGGCGCGGAACGGCGCGGGGUGGCCGCCUCCGCGGCACCUGCCCGAUGGCGAGUGACAGGCAGAAACGGAUAAUCCAAAUAACUGGAUUUAAAAAUCAAGAGAAAAGGGAGCUACUCCAAUGGCUGUUCAAACUGGACUGUGUUUUUUUAGAUGAUAAGAAGUACAGAACUUGUACACAUCUUAUAGCAAAAAAGCUGUGCAGGAGUGAGAAGUUCUUAGCUGCCUGUGCUGCAGGACAGUGGAUACUAACUAAGGAGUACAUAAUUAAUAGUGCCGAAAGUGGCAGAUGGCUUGAUGAAACAACGUACGAAUGGGGAUAUAAAAUUGAAAAACACACCCAUUAUUCACCUCAAAUGCAAUCUGCACCUAAAAGAUGGCGCGAACAACUGAAACGCUCUGGUGCUCCAGGGGCCUUCCACAGAUGGAAAGUUGUCCUCCCUGUUAAGGAAGGUGAUAAACGAAUGGCGUCUAUUAGAAGAGUUCUUGAAGCUGGAAGAGCAACCAUAUGUUCAUCUCAAAAUGCAGAGUGCAUUAUAACUCACAUAUUCAUCAAUAAUAAAAUUCUUCCUAUGCAAAACAAAAAAUAUCUCUCUGAAGCACGAUACUACCCUUUGCAAUAUCUAGGAGAUUACCUUUUUGAGAAUGACAUACAAAAUACUGAAGAUAUCCAAAUGAAACAUUUCCUGGCUGCACAAGAAACCAACCGAAUCUUGUCUAACAUGCAGCUUGCUGACAUGAAAAAUGCUGUUAUAAAACAUAUGUAUUUUUCUGUGGCCGUUAAGCACAGGUUUGCUCAAAAAGGCCAGCUGAAUAAAUGCAGUCCAGAGGUUAAAAGUACUGGCCUGUCCAGGGGCACGCAGUAUGUACUGGAAGGAUUAGUGGAAGAGGAUUUAUUUUCUGAUGUAAUCACAGAACUUGCUGCAGGUCAGAACAGCUCUACACCUCCUGUGCAACUCCUUCAUUCACUUCUAGAAUAUGUCCUACCGGGAAAUACUGAUGCAAUAUUUUGUGCUAAGCUUCAUCACAUUUUGUACCUUGUUCUCCAACGUGAUCCUCCUUGGAAGUCCCCAUCUAUGUUAAAGUAUUAUUUGGAUCUUCUUCAGUGUCCUAUAUGUAAGAAAGGCACAUGGUCCUUGAUAGAGAUGCUUGUAAGGUCUUGCCUUUAUUGCAAAACCAUUUGUCAUGCAGUCCCACUUUCAGGGGGAAGAGAUGAACAGAGGAUAGUUCACAAAACAUUAUUGAAGUUUUUCUUUGAUUUAGUAAAAGCUGAAGUAGACUUUCUGACAAAAAGUUUGGUUGAAGGGACCAAUUCACAGCAUCAGCAAGUCAUGCCACAGACAGUUCUUCUGAAGACCUUUUGGCUGGGAAGUGAAACCUCAGUGCUUUUUACCAAACACAUAAAUAUUCUAGCAGAUUGGGUCAUAUUUUCCCAUAGAGAAUUGAACAGAAAAAAUGAUGCUUUCAGAUGUGAAAUAGCUGGUCUGUUAAAUGCCCUUCUUGGAACUGUAGUGGAAUAUUGGAUAAUCUCAAGGUUGCUUAUAGACAGAAAUGUAUUUCUUCAAAUAGCUGAUCAUCUGGCACAGCACCUUGCCAUUUCAUGCAAUGAUUUUUCGAUAUGUGACUUAAAAACAUUCAUUGGUUCCAUACCAUCCCUCUGGCUUCAAAUGUUUGUUGCGGAAGCAGUUUUUAAAAACAUGUGCUUACAGAGGAGUAUAACUGUUUCUACAGAACCUCUUUCUCUUCAGAAAAUAGUCUGUUCCUAUUUGCCAGCUUUGCGAGAGGUAGGGAUGAAUGAGACAAGAAAGACACAUAAAGCAAAGAAAAAGAAAACAGGGAAACGGCCAUGCCCUGGGUCUCAAAGGGCAUUACAGAUGCUAAAUGGUGAUAAGCAGAACCAAGUCAAAGUGCUGCCUGAUCUACCCGACUUAAUCUCUAAGUGCCCUCCAUUGAUGAAGCUUAGAGUAAAAGCAGAAGUUGAGACUUCACACACCAAAGAGAAUUGCUGCCUUUUGGCUGAAGAGGUGCAUUUUUACAAGAGAAACACUAAAGGAGAGACAGUCCUGCAUAAAGCUUGCAGAAGUAACAAAGUGGAGAGAUUGAUUCAGCUUCUCUCUUCCCCAGGAGCAGACAUUAAUGCUAAAGACUAUGCUGGCUGGACGCCUUUGCAUGAAGCCUGUAACCAUGGCAGCACAGUGUGUGUCCGUGAAAUUUUGCAGCGUUGUCCAGAGGUAGACCUGCUCAGUCAAGUGGACGGGGUGACUCCUUUGCAUGAUGCACUGUCAAAUGGACAUGUAGAAAUUGGCAAGCUGCUACUUCAGCGUGGGGGACCAGUCCUUCUACAGCAGAGGGACUGCAAUGGAAAAUUGCCACUGGAUUAUGUUGAGUCCAUACCAGUGAAGCAAGAACUUUUGAAUGUUGUUCUUCCAGAAGAGAACAUAGAAAGCUUCUGUGAACGCCUAGAACAAGAUUUUUGCAGUGAGCAGAGGGAACUGUGGUUGAUUUUAUUUAAUAAGAUGCUCCUGAAUUUUUGUUCAGUUUAUAAUCUGUCUUCACCCUUUACUUCAACUCUCCAAGAGGUAGCUUCUUCAAGUGUACUUCCGGUAAUGCCCCGUGAUACCUGUAAGAUGAAACCCCCAUUUUCUGCAGAUUGGUUAGUAGAUACAUAUCUUGGAGAGCUAGAAACUUUUCAAAAGCUACCACAGUUCCUUCAAGAAAUAUCUGCAACCAUGUUUAUUUUCCCUGGAGAACAGAUGAAGGCUUUAUUAGCAACUCUGGAAACUAUGGUACAGACAUAUCAGCCCCUCACUUAAAUCUUUUUAACAGUUAGCUUCCAAACAAGUCACAAUGGUUGAAUCGUGACUGUUAACCCUUGAUAUUGGGCUAACUUUUUUCCAGCAGCUGAAGUACACAUUUCACAGCCCUACACGAGCCCUAUGUGUUAGUAUCUCCCAUGUUGUAAAUGCUUUUCUCUACCAGAACCCCCAAGUCAGAUGCAUUAAUUCCGUGCAAUUAUAGGCGAAAUUUUUCCAAUACCAAUGCCUUGUAGUUGUCUGACAGAUCUGGAUGCCUGUGAGUACCUCAGGAGGGUGCUAUAUCAUUUGUGCUAAGUUAAACUUUCUAUUUUCUGACCUGGAAAUCUUUGUUACCCAUCUCAUGCCAUAGUUUACUUUGGUUUCCAGAGGUAGUGACCUCAAGCUAAAAUGAGUUGAAGUACUACAACAAGAAAGGCUUGUGCCUGCAUAUUUUAAUAUCUUUUAAUAAAACCAAUAUUAAAAAUAUCUGUCAUAGAACCGUGCGGGAAAACAAAUUCCUUCUAUCCAUUUUUGUCUUCUUUAUCCUUGUCUUGUAAAAAUUAAAAUGACUUUGUGUAAAUUAAUUACAUCAUUUAACAUCCAAACCAGAAGGAAGCGUAUCUAUAUCUACAGAAUCACUAUGUUAGCGUUUGCCACGUCUUUGGUGGAAAUGGUUACACAAAGGCAUGUGGAAAAACCAUCUUCUCCCCCAUCAGCACCGCGGCGCUCAUGGUGACGACCAUUUGUGCAGCAACCGACUUGAGGAGGCUGUCCCAGAUCCUCGGGCAAUCUGCAGAACUCCGGUGGGUACCACUGACCAGAGCUUAAAAUGAUCAAGUCAUCUUGGUGCUUCCCAGGACAGCGGUGCUGCGAAGGGCCAAAUCCACCCUCCGCGUAACUUACGGUGUCCUGGGCUCUGCUCUGACUCGCGCUGGCUUGCGGUGGUUUGAUAAAUCCGUUACGCUGGCAGUGUGCAAAAUGAUCUGGUAACACCCCUGGGAUUUGCUCAACUAAAAUGCCGGUGGAAGCAGUGGCACAAAUCUAGUUAUGUUGGCUGGGGAAUUUACGAAGGAUUAGGCAAGGCAGUUUAAGUAUGUACUGGGCAUCAGAUUCUGACACUAAGUAUGGAUCUCCUUAAAAAUUACACCCCAUUUAAUAUGAGAAUUUUGUUCUCCAUUCUGCGAAUACAUGCAAACUACACAUGAUAAAUCCUCUAAACUAAUCCUCUAACCUAAUUUAGGAUUGUGUGCUACGUAUUCUAUCAGAUGGUCCUGUUAAUUAAUUAAGAAAGAGAGAAAAUCCUGUGCUGUUCUUUAAAGGUAUUGAGGCUCACAAGGCAGCUGAACUAUGUAAUUGUGCUGCAUGGGGUUGGGGCUGCAGAAGAGUUGCAUGUUUUGGAGAGCUCUGACUCCACGUUUACACAGCAACAACCACUCCUCCUGCCUUGCAUCUUUGUAGAGAUCCGGUGCCAAAUUAACUCCAGGCUGGGGUCUGGGAAGGGAGACGCUUCUAAGGGAAGUUUAUCCCUUCCUCUCCAAGGGAAGAGAAGGAAGUGAUGCUUUAGAAUGAGGAUCCCUGAUUUUUUUCUAACAGAUUCAGUAAUAGGUCAGGAGUAAUUUAAAAUCUUAGCCUUCAAAAGGAAGGUACUAAUUAGCAAUGUUUCCAGUCCUGAUUCUUCUGUAAUAGCAAUUUAUAAUAUUGAAGAAAGAACCCUAAAAGAAAGGGUGUGGGUAAUAGCUGCUUCUGAAAUUGAUGUUCCUUGACUAGAGGGAAUAAGUUACAUUGAUGCAGCUGGCUUGCAGCACAUUAAAACUUCCAUUUAGCCUUUCUGCAGCUGAGAUAUAUGAUCUCAUAGCAAUUAAUCCACUGAAGAUGCUCAGACUGAGUUGGUCUUGGAACCAGACCUUCAUUACAAAUGUUCAGUGUUUAUUAAUGACUGAUUAUUAUUUUUAUACGUGCAUGUAGAACAGCCUGCUCUAGUAGAAUAAAUGGUUGGCGAAUAUUGGA